UGUUACUGUCAUAGUGAAUUAUAAACAAUAAUCAGUCCAUUGUUAUUUUGAUUUCUUUAUUUUUUAUUUUGUCUAAAUUUAAAUGGAUCAACAGUAAAUAGAUAUAUUAAAUAAAUUAAAUAUGUCUUUUGACGUGAGUUGGGAAGUGGAUAAAUAUAAGGAGGAACAUGAAAGUGAUGAACACUGGUUGUUACGAAAAGCAUUCAUGGAAAGAUGGAAAAACGAUUAUCCCGAAGAGAGAUUAGUUUGUUUGGCUCAGGUAUUUGGAAACAUAGAAUUUAUGGGAUGCAGAUACCCUACGGAAGUAAUGAAGGAAGUUGCUAGAAUGUCUUACGAUGUCACACAACAGUAUAGGAAAUCAAAAAAAACGAAAUUACAAAGAACUUUUGUAUCAGCAUCUGACGCAGCAGAAGAUAGAGCAAGAGGUGUGAAACGAGAAGGCGGAGUCAUUAAAAACGGUCCAAAUAGUAAAAAUAUAAAAAUUCUCUUUGUACCUCAAACUAAAGACGACGCAGUGCCUGUACCAAACAUAGAAGAAGCAAUAACUGAAAAUAUAAAUAAUGACAAUGAAAAUACACCCGAAUGUAAUGAUAAUGAUUUACCGAUUGUCGAUGAAACUAAAACAGAUAAAAAGUCUGAUCAUUCAGAUGAGUAUAUGAAUGAAAUGUUAGCACUAAAAUGCUUGGAUGUUAGUAGAUUCUCAGAUAAAAUGUUCGAUACAGAAUUUGGUAAAAUGGUUCUUUUGAUAAGGCCAUGGGCUGGUAAACUAAGUAACAUACAAUCCAGCUGCCAAGCUUGUCACUUGCCAAUAAUUACAACGUAUAAGGACAACUGUUUCUCUCUUUUUAUAAAAGGGAUUCUUGUCGCUCAAGCGACUGGGUUGAAAGUUGAAGCCAAGAGUGUCGUCGAAACAAUGGCAUGGAAUAGGUUACGGGAACAAAUGGUAAGCGUUAUCAUAAAGGAACUGUGGCUAGCGCAAGGGGACCGAGUGUCGGUCGGCGACGUGAGCAAAGUGAGGGAAUUUGGGAAACCUGUCGAAACCAGCGUCGCUGUCAAAAUGAUGAAGUUGAUGGGUUGGAAGGGUGGAGGGCUGGGGGCGGAUGCCCAAGGGAUAGAAGAACCGAUCAAACCUCAUUUACAAAUGGUAAACCGUGCCGGUCUCGGUUGUAACGUAAAUAUACAACAACUGAGACGGGCCGGUCAGCAGCUGAUGACGAGGUUCAUAGCCUCGGACGCGAUCGACGUGGACCUCGUAUUCAGCAACGAGUUCAGUAAAGAAGAACGCGCGGUCCUUCACCACACCGCGCAACGGAUUGGCCUGGCUUCCAAGAGCUAUGGGGGUGAUGCUGAAAGAUUUUUAGUGGUGAAGAAGAAAUUGGACCCUUUUUCGAUCGUUCGAGCUGUGAUAGCGAAGGGAGGGAACACCCCGAAAUAUCAAGUUUUUUUACCGAUUUCACUUGGACAGAAAAGAUAAUAUAUUUUAAAUAUACAGUA